AUGGUCCAAAUCAGAAACGCGAAAGAAGGGAUAAAGCACACUUUUUGGUUCGCAUAUCCGCUCUCGAGAAUGCUUGGCUAUUGGCCAUUGAAUGUCCCCUCUUCCGCGUUUUCCAAAAUUUUAAAUUCCUUUACAAUUUUUUUCUCAUAUUUACUGCCAUUGCUAGUCUUGAUUCCAGGCCUUCUGUAUGUAUUUCUGAAAGAGAGAAAUGGAAGGAAAAAAAUCAAAAUGCUGAUGCCACAUAUCAACAGUAUAGCACAAAUGACUAAAUAUACGAUUAUAUUACGACGAACGAAGGAACUUAGCAAAUUAUUGGACGAGAUAAAGAAGGAUUGGUCAACAGCCACGCAAGAGAAUCGACGAAUUUUCAGCUCGAGGGCGUCCAUCGAACACAAACUGACGAUGAUAGUAGCGAUCACUAUAUACGGUGGAGGUUUCUUGUACAGGGCGAUUCUUCCACUUUCGAAAGGUAGAAUCGUUUUACCGAACAACGUGACUAUAAGACUGUUACCUUGUCCGGGUUACUUUGGUUCCUUGAACGAGCAAAUUACCCCGAACUACGAGAUAAUCUUUACGCUGCAAGUUCUCGGCGGAUUUGUCACUCACACAGCUGUAUGCGGCAUCAAAAGUGCUUGUUUGAUGGUGUGCAUGCAUAUGUGCGGUUUGCUAAGAAUCUUGACGAACAAGCUGAUGGAUCUUACGAAUGACAAUGAUGAACGAGUUGUACAGAAGAAGAUCGUGCAUAUUGUUGAGUAUCAGACGAGAAUCAAAGAAUUUUUGAAUCAUGUUGAUCAAUUCGUACCCUAUGUUUAUCUUAUCGAAAUUUUUGUUGGAGUACUGAUUACGUGCAUACUUGGUUACUGCAUAAUCGUGGAAUGGGAAGACAGCGAUGCCAUGGCUAUAAUAGCUUACGUUGCCUUGCAAACAACUUGCGUCUUUGGCACGUUCUCGAUAUGCUAUGUCGGUCAACUUCUGGUCGACGAAAGCGAGAGUGUUAGACAAGCGUGCAACACAUUGAAAUGGUAUCGAUUACCUACAAAAAAAGCGCGCAGCUUGAUACUGUUGAUCAUUAUGUCCAAUUAUCCAAUAAAAGUCACUGCAGGAAGACUUGUGGACGUAUCCUUAGUCACUUUUACUAGUAUCAUUAAGAGUGCUGUGGGAUAUAUGAAUAUAUUGCAACAAGUUACUUAA